CUUGUGGCAUCAUUACAUGCUUUGGGAUUUUUGGUCAAGAUGCACUUCUUUAUCCAGGCCUUUUAGCCAAGUGGAGAACUUCCCACCUACUAUGUUGCCGUCCUGUGCUGCUGUUUUGUUAACUGUGUUAUUGGUGUUAUGGCAGUCUACUGCAAGAGGGUCCUAGUAAUACUGCUUGCUUUUCAAGGACUUCUAAUAGCGACUGCUUAUAAUGAGGAAGAAGACAUACCUGAAGAAUGGAUUCUCCUUCAUGUGGUUCAAGGUCAGAUUGGUGCUGGAAACUACAGCUACUUAAGGUUAAAUCACGAAGGGAAGAUAGUGCUUCAGAUGCAGAGUUUAAAAGGGGAUGCAGACUUGUACGUAUCUGAUGUGACCCUUCACCCCAGUUUUGAUGAUUAUGAAUUGCAGUCAGUAACUUGUGGUCAAGAUGUCGUUUAUGUGCCAGCGCACUUCCGCCGUCCAGUGGGAAUAGGGAUUUAUGGCCAUCCCUCUCAUCUGGAAAGUGAAUUUGAAAUGAAAGUGUACUAUGAUCAAACAGUUGUGGAAUCUCCAUUUGGUGGUGGCUCCUACAAUCCAGAAGAUACAGAUUUGAACCAGAAGCAGUUUCAUGCAAGAGAAGAUGAGUCUCAGGAUGAAGAAUCAGUCUUCUGGACUAUACUAAUUGGAAUAUUAAAAUUAAUACUUGAAAUUCUGUUUUAGAUUCAGAGCUAGACAACAGGUUCACAUGUGAACAAUAUAGACAAUUGAAUGAAUGCUAUUAUGUGAGCGUUAGUACUAACUGAUACUUUCUUUGCCAGGGAGGGGGAAAUAAAGCCAUAACAAUUUUUGUAUUGUAAACUUUUCCCACAGGUACACUGCAACAGGCACAGUAUUUGUAUAAGUUUUCUCUUAACUGAUCAGGGUCAAAUAUGAAUAUUACAGUUCACUGUGACUUUCAAUAAAACUGAUUUUCUAUACAAAGAUUUUAAGAAUAGUAAAAAGACUAAUUUCCAUACAGUAUUUCAGCACAUUUCAAUUAUAAAUACUUUAACCUCUUCUGUAUGAAUACACUAGGAGCAAAUACCAUUUUUAAAUGCUAGCAGCUUUUGGAACAUGAAAGCCAUUUAACUAAGGCUGCUUUCAUACGAUAUAACAUCCUAAAAAAGAAAAUAUGAAUUAUCCUGAUUUUCUUAUGGUUUGAAGGGAGACACAUUGAUUUAAGAGACAUAAUUUGGCAUGACCAAUAUAAGGUCUACAUGAUUUCUUGCUGUAAACCUAAAUUCAUUAUAUCAUAUGAGAUUUGUACCACUUGAUGGAUUUUUUUUUCUUGUCAGGCAUUAGUACUCUGCUUAAAGGCAACUCCCAUCAGAAAACAGUAAUUGCCAACUAGUGAUUCAGUCCUUUUCUUUGAGCUGGACAGAGAACACAAUUGAUUGCUAUGCAAUAAAUAAAGUCUGUUGUGCAACGACUGCUAUGCAGCAGCACUGUAUCCAUGAAACAAUUGAUAGAUUUACAGAAUUUCAACUGGGCACUUUCCCUUUGCAUGGGAUUUUCAAGCAAAGCUACUGGAAUAGAAUGUAUCCUUCCCUGUCCUAAAAUUAAAAACUUUAUUUGGUGAAAAACA